UGAUCUCUACUUUGUCUUUAGCAUGGUGCAGACCCGUCUAAGAAGAACCGUGAUGGUAACAUGGCUCUGGACAUGGUGAAAGAUGGAGACACGGACAUUCAAGACCUGCUGCGUGGAGACGCCGCUCUGCUGGACGCUGCCAAAAAGGGCUGUUUGGCCCGAGUGCAGAAACUCUGCAGCCCGGAGAACAUCAACUGUAGAGACACACAGGGCAGGAACUCCACACCGCUGCACCUUGCGGCUGGCUAUAAUAACUUGGAGGUGGCCGAGUAUCUCCUGGAGCAUGGAGCGGAUGUGAACGCUCAGGAUAAAGGAGGACUGAUUCCUCUGCAUAAUGCUGCUUCAUAUGGGCAUGUGGAUAUCGCCGCCCUGCUGAUCAAGUUCAACACGUGUGUGAAUGCGACAGAUAAGUGGGCCUUCACUCCUUUGCAUGAAGCUGCUCAGAAGGGCCGAACACAGCUGUGUGCACUGCUACUGGCACAUGGUGCAAACCCCACCAUGAAGAAUCAAGAGGGACAGACUGCUCUGGACCUCGCCACG